UACUUCACUUAGCCAAGAGCAUGUUCUUCAAGUUUCUCUUUGAACUCAUCUUUGUGUAGCUUUACUUUUGCGUUGCUGCUUCUCUGCCAUUUAAUGCUGUCGUCUGCCAUUUUAUGUGUUUUUAAUGCAGCAUAGUAUUUCUUUCUUAUGCCUACUAUUGUAGAAUAAGCCAUUAUAUUGCCCUGUUUAAUAAUUAAUCAGCUGCUUUCAUAUGAAAAAAGAUGACAAACUUGAUGACUUUAGGACAAAUGUCAUAUCAUGUACUGAUGCCAUUUUAUUUGCCAUUGAAGACCUUCCAGUCCCAUGAUUUAUCACAGUUGCCCUGGAUUGGUCCAGUUCCUGGGGAUAUCGCAGAAGUUGAGGCUUUCUGUAGAAUCUUUAGAGCUGCUGAACAGCUACAUAAUGCCCUAAUGGACACGUUGUGCAAUCCAUUGACAGGAGAAUACAGUGUUUCCUAUAAUUUCCGGUCGGAGGAUAAACCAUUAUUGGAAGAUAAAAUAGUGUCUGUUCUUGGUUGCAUGGUAUGUCUCCUUAACAAAGGAAAGGAGGAUGUUCUUUCUGGAAGAUCCUCCGUCUUGAGUUCAUCUCGUGUUGCAGACGUAAACGUAAUGGAGGAUAAGCUUCCACCACUUGCCGUUUUCAGGGGUGAGAUGAAAAGGUACUGUGAGAGCUUACAUGUGGCUCUUGAAAACUAUUUAAUGCAGGAUGAUGAUCGAAGCUUAAAUGUAUGGAGGAGAUUACAAAGAUUGAAGAAUGUUUGUUUUGAUUCUGGCUUUUCCCGUGGGGAUGGUGAUCCCUGCCAUGCACUGUUUGCAAACUGGAAUCGUGUUUAUUUAUCCACAUCAAAAGAAGAUAUAGAAUCCUUAGAUUCUGAGGUUGCUUUUUGGAGGGGUAGCCAGGUAACUGAAGAAGGUCUGAAGUGGCUGAUGGAAAAUGGAUUUAAAACCAUUGUAGAUCUCAGAGCAGAGACUGUAAUGGAUAAAUUCUACGAAACAGUAUUAGAUGAAGCUAUUUUGUCUGGAAAAGUUGAACUGGUCAAACUUCCUGUUGAAGUCAGGACUGCUCCUUCAAUGGAGCAAGUUGAGAAGUUUGCAGCUUUAGUGUCAAAUUUGAGCAAAAAGCCCAUAUAUCUCCAUAGUAAGGAAGGAGUUUGGAGAACUUCUGCCAUGGCCUCUAGAUGGAGGCAGUUAAUGGUGCAAUAUGCAUCACAGUUUGUCUCCCAGUACACAACUACUCAAAGUGACAUCCCAUCACAAGAUGGAGGAACAAUGGAAGAAUUGAGCACCUCAAACUUAAAAGGUUCAUGCUUUGGUGAUGAAAAUGGAUUGCUUCCGGAAAAAAAUGAUAUGAUUAAUAAUUCCACUAGUGAUAUUCUCAGUCAUGACUCUCCAGCUGCAGAAAACGAACAUCAUAACUUUACUGGUGCCUAUUUUGGAGUUGUCUCUCACCAAGACACCACAUCAAUGACAUCAGCUAACAAUGAUGAUGUCAAUCCCCUCAAGUCUCAGCUACCUCCUUCCAAUGUUUUCUCUAGAAAAGAGAUGUCCAUAUUUUUAAGAAAUAAGAUCUCACCUCCUACUUACAUUAAUUAUCAACAGAGAAGAUUGGAAACAUUGUGUGCUCCAAGAGAGAAUUAUAAUGAGGCACUUCAGAGAAGUGAAAUCAUUGUUUCAAACCCUGACUCGAGGCUUAUGGAAGCAGGAAAUUCAAAUGGUUCAGCAAGUAAGAAUCUUACUCCUCGAAGUCCUCCAGUUAGAAAUGGGUCUUAUCUAUUUGAUAAUAAUUGUAUAUCCUCUGGUUCCACCCUGAAUAGAUUUGACAGUGGGGAAAGGUAUCCCACGAGUAGUAUAGAUGAUCCUACAAAUCUGAGUGAUGAUUUAGAUAAGAAUGUUAAUUCUAUCACAGAGAACCGAAGGAACAACAGUGUAGCCUAGAGAGAG